AUGGCCAACCCAAAAGUUUAUUUUGACAUAUCUAUCGGAAGUUCAAAUGCAGGCCGAGUUGUCAUGGAACUGUACAGCAGUGUCGUUCCAAAGACAGCCGAGAAUUUCAGGGCCCUGUGUACUGGUGAGAAGGGAUUUGGUUACAAGGAUUCGACAUUCCAUCGUGUCAUUCCUGGUUUCAUGUGUCAGGGAGGGGACUUCACAAGAGGUGAUGGAACUGGUGGCAAAAGUAUUUAUGGUAACAAAUUUGAAGAUGAGAACUUCCAGUUGAAGCACACUGAACCUGGCAUACUGUCCAUGGCUAAUGCUGGGAAAAAUACCAAUGGCUCACAAUUUUUCAUCUGUACUGCCAAGACUGAAUGGUUGGACAACAAGCAUGUUGUUUUUGGCAAAGUAGUUGAAGGAUAUGAUGUCAUUAAAAAGGUAGAAAGUUAUGGCUCACAAUCUGGAAAAACCAAAGAAGCUAUCAAGAUUGCCAACUGUGGCCAAUUGUAA